AUGAAAAACGAAUCGAACGGAAACUGCUACAAAGAGGUCGCGUUUGUUAAAUGGAAGAGCGACGACAGGUGCUACGCUGCGGCUAGACUGGAUCACAUGUCGACCGAAAUGUCUGAAAGUUUCUGCAAAUCACAAUUCAAAGGUUCUUUGGCGUGUCUGUCCAAUCAGCGACGCAUUCGUGACAUGGAGACGUGCAUGGACGUUCACGGUUCAACAUCUGCUGCCUACUGGUUUGGACUCGUGGCUGUCGACAACUUGGAUUUUGACGGAAUUUGGUUCAACAAGAAAACACUGGUCGGCAAGAGAAGUGAUUGGCCGUGGGAUGCCCAACAGACCAAAGAAGGAUGCGUGGCCGUCAGCAAGCGAACGGGAAGGUGGUUGUGGAAGACACAGAACUGUCUAUCCAAGAACUUGUUCAUCUGUCAAUAUACCGGCUGUCCAUAA